UUAUUAUUGCCUCAGUUCACCGCUGUUGCGGCUGGUGUGCGGUCGUGCCAUCUGCAAUAGAUUCCGCAGCGUUCGCGUUGUCUCAGUGCUAACGCGCAUACAGAAAAACGAUUAGAAACGAAGUCGCUACUUUUUCAAGUUGAAGUGCAGCAGACACCUCAUACUUUUUGGCGAACGUACAUAUUUUCGUGUUGGAAUUUUUUUUGAAAUAUAAUAUAAUAAAACAAAUUUGAGUGAUUGUUGAAUUUUAUUUCGAUUUCAAGAUGGGCGAUGCUAAGAAAUUUAACAACUGUGUUGUUGUAUUUGAUCAAAAUGAUUUCGGCACUUAUUUUACCGGCCAAAUUGUUAGUGGUAAAGUGAUUAUAACGCUGGAGAAGACAAAAAAGUUGAAAGGCAUUAAACUACAAGUUUGUGGAUUCGCUGCUUGUCAAUGGCGUGAAAAGUAUGGAAAAAAGAUAGCUUUAGCAAAAAUUAACCCAAGGGACAAGCAUGUGUACUUUGGUCGCGAAGAUUAUAUAGCGUCUACGACAUAUUUGGUAGGCUCGGAGUUUGGCAAUAAUUUUUCCAUGGAGGAGGGCACUUACACCUAUACAUUCUCUUGUCCCAUACCACCUCACUGCCCAUCUUCCUUUGAAGGCACUUACGGCCAUAUCCGUUACCUCGUCAGGGUUACUUUCAUAAGAGCAGGUGCUGCUGAUCGUGUACAUAAUGUCGGUUUCACAGUGCUCAUGCCGUUAGAUCUAAAUAAAGAUAGUAAAUUGUUAGAGGCUCCUGCUAGCAAUGACGCUAUGGAGAAUGUUUGUUUCUUUCUCGCCAAACCCGUACAUUUGACAAUUUAUCUCCAACAAACUGGAUAUGUGCCCGGUCAGUUUGUCUUGAUCAGCGCAGAUGUCGACAAUAAAUCCACAGCAGAUUGCAAAAAAUUAAUAAUAAUGCUAAAUUUACGUGCCACCUACAACUCAGAGACACCUGCUCUGCAUACUGUCUCAGAAAAAAUCUGUCUUGUCAAGAAAGUAUGCGGUCCUGCACCGCGACAGACGCGUAAAUCCUUCGCUGAGACUAUACGCAUACCAGCAACUGCGCCGACUUGUGAGCACAUCAGCAAAAAUGUGCGUGUCUCGUACGAGUUAUGCGUAAUGGCCGUAAUGAGUCCCCUGAUGCGAAAUCCAAGGACUACAAUACCGAUAACUAUAGGCAAUGUGCCGUUAGCAAUAAGUAGCACAAUAGAAGAAGAAUUCCUGGAGGAGAGAGAAGUGGAAAAUAUGCAGCCGACAACAUCGCGUGCUGUUUUGCCAGAAAACAGUUUGGAGAAUGAAAUUGGGGCUGUUGGCGGCGCUAGUGAGGAUGACAUCAGUGAAGAGGAAAUUGAACUGCCUCCACCAUCCUACGAACAAGCGAUGUUCAUGAGCACAAAUAUCGCUGACAAUGAUGCCAAUACAGUCAGCGUAGAUGCACCUUUCACACCACGCUAUCCGGUCUAUAAUAUAGAUGAAAGUUCUCUGGCCUUCAGCAGUAUGGGUUUGAGCCCACCACCGAAUUUGCCACAAAAACGACCACGUCGUAGAAGAAGACGCCGACCGGCAGAAAAUCCAACAAAGUUCGCCAAAGAUCAACUGCCAACUGAAUCGCCAAUACAAAUAUGAGAUUGAGAAACCAACUGCUCGAGG